CCUGCCUCGACCCCGUUCGGCCGCCAGCCUGAGCUCCAGCCUCUAGCCCUUCGCUCCAUCAUUGACAUCCCAGCGACGACACACGACGACGACCUCCACUCCUCCUCAUCCGCAGCGUCUACAGCAGCGGCGCCGUCUUCGCCAUCAUGUCGCUCGACCCUCCGACAUACCUGGCGUCGCUCCAGAGCAACAUUCGCCAGAGGCCUAUUCCAUGGGAUGGCGCCGUCCGCGCGGGCACCCUGAGCGAAGACCACUAUAGCAAGAUCCGGGCUGUGGACAAGGCUAAGAAGCCAGAGCAGAGAAAGGAGAUUGUCCAAGGUGACCUUGACGGAUACCGACUGCUCUUUGUGGGCGGCGCGGGCAAACCCAGCGUGAUCGAAUCGGCUGCUCAGCAUGCGAACGUCAUCCAAUACAUCCUCGUCCUUCUCUCAGAUCUUCUCGACGACGUCCCGUCGCUCGCCAAAGCUCUCUUCAAGGAUAACACAGACCCUUACCGCCACUUUUUGCCUCUCCUCAAAUCCAACAAUACCGAAGACGCCAUCCCGCUCCUGACCGCACACGCCCUCGCUAGCCUAAUGGCGACUGCCCGCGACGAGUCGCAAGCCACACACCAGGCCCUCCCGAUGAUGCUCAGCUACCUCAGCAGUCUAGCCAAGAGCACGGACGCGGGACUGCAAGAUAUCGCGGUGCUGGAGUACUCUUCGCUGCUCUUCGGCCCCGUCUCUCGCCAUCAGUUCUGGGACCACCGCAGCGAGACCAUCACGCCGCUGAUCAAGAUCCUACAGACCGCCGCGGGCGUUGGUAACAACGGCAACUCGUCCGCCAGCCUCUGGAGUGGCAACGCCAGCGUGCGCAGCACCGGGUUCGAGGGCUCAUUGGGUGGAGGUGUUGGUCUGCAGCUGCUGUACCAUGUCCUUCUCGUGGUCUGGCAGAUGAGCUUUGAGGCGGCGGAGAUUGGCGACGAGCUGGAUGACGAGUAUGAUAUGAUCAUCCUCUACACACAAUUACUGCGCCUUUCGCCCAAGGAGAAGACCACGCGCCUCAUCGUGUCCACACUGUACAACCUGCUCGAGAAGAACCAAAAGUCACUCCUCCCCACAGCCGUGCUCGCCAGACUGCCCAGCACCCUGGAGAACCUGGCCAGCCGCCAUCUGACCGACCCGGACCUGCUGGAGGACCUCGAGGCCCUGAAGGAGAUGCUGGACGAGUACACAAAGACCAAGACCACGUUUGACGAGUACGUCGCGGAGGUGCAAUCGGGCCACCUGCGCUGGUCGCCGCCCCACCGCAGCUCCGUGUUCUGGGCGGAGAAUGCACGCAAGAUCCUCGACUACGAGAACGGGGUCAUUCCUCGCAAACUGGCCGAGAUUAUGCAGCAGUCGUGGGACAAUGACAAGCAGGUCCUGGCGAUUGCGUGCAGCGAUGUCGGGAACCUGGUCAAGGAGGUACCCGAGAAGCGGCACCAGCUGGAGAAGGUUGGGUUGAAGAGGAGGAUCAUGGAGCUCAUGCAGUCAGAGGACGAGAACGUCCGCUGGGAGAGUCUGAGGGCCUUGGGUGGAUGGCUCAAGUACUCGUUUGAGGAGAUGUCCAUCUAACUCCUGGUGGCCGGAGGUGUAGGUGCGCUAUACCGUUGUUAUAGACCCCUUUUGUUUUGUUGUAAGGAGUACUGCCUCGCAGUCGUACCCGGGGAGAUCUCGAAGUAGAGCCGUCACAAUUCGAGAACCCCUGAUCAUGAGCCACCGCUUGCAUCUAUUCUAAUGAUCACGCCAUCCAAGCUCGAGAGACAUUGCUUCAAUACUUAAUACCACGUAGGCAGUUACUCACCAACCCAUCGAAUGACCUUCGGAUAGACGCCGAGUCGAGAGUUGGCAUCGUCGGAGCUGAUCCGGUGGUAGCCGUGCUCCACCCGCUGCGAUUGGCCACUGUGAUUGGUGGAGGUGGCUGGACCUUGUUGCGUCAACCUCCAUGUCGCUCUUAUCAGAGAGA